UCCCGGGGAUUUCAAGAUGGAGAUAGGCCGUGGUUUUGAAGCUCAAGAAAAUAGAAGCCUUUUCCAGACAAUUCACAAAGGGAAAAUGAACAAGGAAGCAGAAAAAUCCCAAGGAAACAGAAAGAUCUUCCAGACUCUUCAGUGUUCUGCUCAAGAUCCACAAAAACUUGCUGGACAAGCUCCUGUCUCAAAGAAACCUAUUUCAAAGCUGGUGCCAUCAAAGGAACCUUUGUCUAAACAUGUAUAUAAAGAUCCAAAAAUUGUCAAAACAUUUGAUCACAAAGCUGUGCAGACCGAGAGGAACAAACGCCUGGGAAGUCAAAGCUUGUUAAGUGAGGACAUAGAUCAGGAGGCGUAUGACCUGAUGGUUAGCGAGGAAGUUCCAGAAUCAUAUUGGAAAGAACUGGCUGAGCAGAGAAGAAUGGCAUUAAAUGAUUCUCUUCAUGAGAAUGAAAUGUUACAUAAAGAAGUGGAAGAGCUACGAGAGGAAAAUUCUAAAUUAUCUGAGAUGGCAGAGAAGGCAGACUAUUUUGCUGAUGUAAUUCAGACAAUGAUUGGUGGCGAAGAAGAACAGGAGAAAAAUGAAAAACCUGAUGAAGAACAAGAAAACCAAGAACUGGAUGAAGAGCAGCCAUCAUCUGGUAAAGAAAAGGAUACCCCCUCCUCAGGUGAAGAACAAUGUCUGUCAGAAUCUGAUGAAUCAGAAACACCGGAAGCGCAAACAAAGGAUGUUAAUAAGUAGAGAUACCUAUACUUUAACAUCAGAGUGAAUUUGAGGGAGUCCAAAAUUCUUAAGAAGUGAAAUACUUCACAACACUGCGCGAGGUAUUGGCAUCCUUCCCUAGAAGGAGACAGAGAAAACCGAUGAUGGAUGUCAUCUAUAAGUUUCAGUCAGUGAUUGCCAUAGGAUGUGAAGUGUACUUAAUUUGAAUCACCACAGAUAUUGUUAUAAAAUCUUUUGCAUUUGUAGCAAGUAGUUUUAGUGUUAGUACUGGUAUGUGAAAUGAACUUCAUAAAAAACUGUCUUUCAACUUGAUUAUGAUUUUAUGUGCAUUUAAUUUUUUUAUGAUUUUUUUUAAUUUGUAUGUUGUAAUAGUUUUACUAGAAUAAACAUUCUUUGACAUUUUU